UCUAAGGAAAUAUGUUAUAAUUACCAGCUUGAAGUCAAUAAAAAGAUAAAGGAACUUUGAGAAACUUGUUUGCUCCUUUUCAUUUCUAGAAAAUUAUAUUCUCCCUUUUCUGUUUUUCUGUUGUUUGUUUGUCCUAAUGGCCAAGUUGGAGAUUCAAAUCCAGACAAGUGAAAUGUUAAAGCCCUCCACUCCGACUCUGAAUCAUCUUCGUAGCCUUAACCUUUCAAUGUUCGAUCAGCCAGAUGCUAGUAACUAUGCACCAAUUCUGUUUCACUAUUUGCCGAGUAAUGAACAGAACAAUACAGCAGAAAGAUGUGAUAAGCUGAAGAAAUCAUUGGCUGACACCUUAGUCAAUUUUUACCCUCUAGCAGGAAGAUUUAGUAGAAACGACCUCACAAUUCACUGUAAUGACGAAGGUGCUGAGUAUGUUGAAACCCGAGUCAAUGCGAAUCUUGCUCAAUUCCUCCAUCAAUUAGGACCCAAGAUUGAGCUUCUGGAUCAUCUUAUUCCAUGGUGUAAUUCUUUCCCUCCAGAAAGUACACAUCUGCCUCCACUACUUGCUGUCCAAGUGAAUAUAUUCAAUUGUGGUGGCCUAGUCAUCGGUAUACAGAUUUCACAUAUCAUAACAGAUGGUUUUACUCUAGGAACAUUUAUGACAGAAUGGGCACGCGUUAGCCGAACAGGGACAGCUACAAAAGAUUGUAGUUAUGGUCAUUUGCCGUCCCUCUUUCACUCAAGAGUAGUGCCACUCGCACAUCAUGAUUUUUCUUCACUGCCUUCUUCCGACAUAGUCGGCCCUAAGAUUGUCACGAGGAGGUUUGUGUUUGAUGCUCAGGCAAUAGCAAAUCUCAAACACAGAAUCAAUUCAAGUGCUCCAUUCACGAAACCUAAUCGAGUGAUGAUCGUUCUGUCAUUAAUAUGGAAUGUUCUUGUGGGAAUUUCCUCAGCCAAACGUGGACAUUCAAGGGACUCUUGCUUAAUAAUUCCUAUUAAUGUGAGGGCAAAAUCAAAGUUACCGUCUUUACAACAUGCUCUUGGAAAUUGUACCCUAAUUAGUAUUCCUACUCUUGAGGCAAAUAAUAGACAGGAGUUACAUGACUUUGCUAAUUUAGUAGGAAGCACAUUAAGGGAGACAUUGAUAAGUAUUGGUAAGGCGAACAUCGAUGAUAUUGCCUCUAUGGUUGCUGAUCAAAGCAGAGAACUUGUAAACGCAUUUGGUCAAAAAGAUGAGAAGGACAUUUAUCUCAGCAGUAGUUGGUGCAAAUUCCCGUGGUAUGAAGUAGACUUUGGUUGGGGAAAGCCAUUCUGGGUGAGCAGUGCUUGUAGACUUCUUGAAGUAAUUAUUCUGGUGGACACAAAGGAAGGUGAUGGAAUAGAAGCAUGGGUUAGUUUGAAGGAGGAUGACAUAAUUGAAUUCGAGAGAAACAUACAAAUGGUUUUGCCGCGUAUAAAUCAUAUUUCAUCACAAAAGAUCACACCCAUCAGUCGUCUCUAAACAUGGGUUGCUUAAAUUAUACAAAGACGAUUUUGUCCUCUUUACGCUUUGAAAAAUAGCAUUUGAUUCGUGAUUUAAUUUGGAUAAAAUAGACUGUUGCAUUAUGUAUCUUCUUGAGGGUGCUGCUUCUAUUGAAAUUGUUGGGUCGAAA